GAGGUAGUGCGUUUGUAGUAAGAGCCAAGGCAAAAAGAACCCGUAUGUCGGAAGCAACGUGCAGUGCUGCACCUUGUCCGAUGCCAGUUGCAGGUGGAGAUGUGUAACGUCGUCUUGAUGCUGACUGAUGCAACCAAAACUACAAUAAGGUGAUGCUCACUGACGGUCGUCUUUUACUAUUAAACCAAAAGGUGCGAUGGCGCUGAUACAGCUCCAAGCGAUUCCUGCACUGCUAUGUCACAAAAACCAAUUUCUUAUCAUAAAUCUCAUAAUACUGUUGAUGUUUUCAUCAGGUUAUUCAAACGAAUGCAAUGAUACCGUUCCAUGUGGUUGGAAAGCUUCGUGCAAUAAUAACUCCUGUAGCUGCCUUAACAACAACUCAGUUUUGCAUGACAACAAAAGAGAUUGCAGAAACGAUGGAUGUGAUCACAUAUUGAAUUGCCUAGAAUGUAAUGCUGAAAAUAAAUGCAUUCGCUGUGUUAAUUUUAUCGACGAAACUACUCAUACCUGUUUGGACAGCUGUCAUGGAGUUUCUCAAGUUUCUCUGCAAGGACCUCUGCAGGGUAACAUUUGUAAUGAAUCUCUAAUCAACACGAGUCUAUGGAUCGGUCUAGGAGCUGGUUGUGGUGCUGGCAUCAUACUCUGCCUGCUGGUUCUACUGGCUGUGUUUGCAUGCAAAAAAAAGAAAAAGCAAAGUGCAAACUUUCAAGAAAACCUAAAAAGCAGACAUCUUCCAAAUGAAAAAAUUAGGAAGAUACCAGUGUUCGACAAUAAGGGCUAUGAAACGGAAGAGGUCAACAUUUCAGAUAGCUGCGUCAUUGAUGAACAAGUCUACUUUUACAAACUCGAGAAAAUGCGACCUCACAAAAAAACCUUAGAAGAGUUGCUAUGUCAGGUGCGAACACGUUUGCGAGCUAUGAAUUCAGAUGAUACACGAGUACCUACUUACAAGGGUGUAAUCAACCAACUGUGUAGGGUCCUUGGACUUUUGAAUAAAAAUGAGCUCAACAACAGUGUUCCAGCUGAUGCUUUAGGGCUUCUUGAAUGGGCUAAACAGAUGCUCAAUGACUACUAUGAACUGAGGCAGCAAGAUUCUUCUACUUCUUCUGAGGCACCACGUGCUGAGAUUUCAUCCGUUGAUGUCCAGCCGAUAUAUGCAAUUCCCCAUGAUAGUUGUCAAGACGCUGUCCGUAUAGCUACAGACAAUAAACCCUCAACAUUAGCCAACCAUAGUGCUCCAAAAGCAGUAGGAACUGCUGAUAGCGGAUACUACAGUAGUGUGUCGAUUCCUUAUUUCAACAGUCAUCAACCAAACAAACCGAGCAAGCCGCCAGCCUACUUAAAGAAAAAUAAGCGCCAUCUGAAUGGCUAUCACGUAAACGACAAUAAUGACCGUGCUAACAACAUUUAUACAUGUGCCAGCUCAUACAGUGAAAGAAGUGGUAAAUGUAUGUCCACGUUUAUCAAAGAUGACAUUUCUUACGUCAGCGAAUGUUCUGAAAGAAGUUCCAACAGCAGCGCUGGGGCUUCACCAGAAGGGCUUCCAUUCAACAUGAAGGAUGCAACUGAACCCAUCGAAGUUUGAAACGAAAAUUUUUUUUUGAAGUUCUUAAUUUUUUUUUUUCUUUCUCGUUUUUCUUUACCAUUAAUUUGUCUUCCCCCCUUCCUCCCCCACCUUCUUAACAUUCUUCACUCCCCUGACCACCACGACCACCACCCCAACCCAUCCCUUGUAUACAUCGAACUAUGCAUAUUUCACCCUCACCACCACCACUAUCACAACCACUACCACAAGACCUGAAACAUACAUACUCAGUUGUUUUUUUUAAUUUGUAAAUCUUCCUUCCUUUCUUCCUUUCUUUCUGAGCAUGUGUGCUUGCAUACAUAAACACACACACACACACACUACACCUGUUGUUGUUUCCUCUUAACUUUUGGGCAAAUAUCAAUGUAUUUGAAUUUUUUAUUUGGGAGAAAAACAAUUGUCUCAUUUUUAUACACACA